ACAUUUAAGGCGCAAAGCUCGUUUUUCUAGGUCGCGAUACGGUUGUUCCCAAAAUGAAGUUCUUCGCUACGAAAGCUCCAAAUGAGGAAGUUUCACUGACCAAUAGGGUGUUUUUUAAUCCGAAGGAUUUUAAUGAAAAGCUUGGUUGCGUAGCCAUACACACUGCGGCUGAUAAAUAUGUAUUUCGUGCGGGUUCACACGAUCAUGUCCCUCAAGGAAAGGUUGCGUUUGGUUUGGCUCAGCGUAAAUGGGGCAAUAUUUCAGUAGAUGAACCGUUAGAUGUUCAACCAUACACAUUUAAUUUGGCUCGUGAAUGCCUAGGUUCUGCAGUUUUGGCUGUGGAUUUUAAUAAUAAAAAAAUGUCGAUCAAUGAGCCAUUAGAUUCAGAUCGAAUGGCUUUAGAAUUCAGCAUGCAAUUUGCGGAUACACCAUUGACCGUCGGUCAGCAUAUCCUUUAUCGGUUUAACAAAAUGACAUUCCUUGUUGAGGUUAAGAAAUUGUCAGCUUUGUCAAUGGAUGGUGGUGUUGACAAUAGUAAAAUUGGCAUGUUAACUGGGAAUACAGUAAUUCGUUGGAUGCCUCAAUCAGAUUCUAAAUUAUUAUUAAUUGGUAAAGCUGCAUUGGAUGACGAUGGAGCUAGUUCUAUUGGAGGGGGUGGUGGCUAUCAUAGUAUCAUCAAUCCAAAUUGGGAUUUUAAUCAAAUGGGUAUCGGUGGAUUGGAUAAGGAAUUUUCAGCUAUAUUCCGACGAACAUUUGCAUCACGAAUGUUUCCUCCGGCAGUUGCAAAACAAUUAGGUUUAAAACAUGUCCGUGGUAUUCUGCUAUACGGUCCACCUGGUACUGGUAAAACACUAAUGGCACGACAAAUUGGUAAAAUGCUUAAUGCACGUGAACCUAAAAUUGUCAAUGGUCCAAGUAUAUUAGAUAAAUAUGUCGGUGAAUCUGAAGCGAAUAUCCGUAAAUUAUUCGCUGAUGCUGAAGAAGAAGAAAAACGCAUGGGUGCAAAAUCUGCAUUGCAUAUCAUUAUAUUUGAUGAAAUUGAUGCCAUUUGUAAAUCACGUGGAUCUACAGGUGGAGGUGCUGGUGUACAUGACACUGUAGUCAACCAACUACUAACUAACAUGGAUGGAGUAAAUCAGUUAAAUAAUAUACUUGUCAUUGGAAUGACUAAUCGACGAGAUAUGAUCGAUGAAGCACUUUUAAGACCUGGACGUUUUGAAAUGCAAAUGGAAAUCUCUUUACCAGAUGAAGAUGGUCGAUUGCAAAUCUUAAAUAUACAUACAUCAAAAAUGCAACAGGCCGGUAAAUUGGCACGUGAUGUUGAUUUAAAAGAAUUAGCGGCUAAAACAAAAAAUUUCAGUGGUGCUGAAAUUGAAGGCUUAUGCCGCGCUGCAGCAUUCACCUCAAUGUAUCAAUUAAUAAGUCCAUCUGGGAAAACUCAAUUGGAUCCUGAUGCAUUUGACCGAUUGUUAGUAAAACGUUCUGAUUUUCUAUACGCAUUGGAACAUGAUGUUAAACCGGCUUUUGGUGCUUCUGAAGAAGAACUCAGCUGUUAUGCUCCUCGUGGUAUUAUGAUGUGGGGCGAGUCUGUAUCACAUGCAUUAGAUAUGGGUCGACUAGCUGUGUCUGCAGUAAAAGAACCAGAUGUUGAAACGUACAGACCCUUAACUUUGUUAUUAGAAGGUCCACCGAAAGCUGGUAAAACAGCGCUAGCUGUUGAGAUUGCACGAUUAUCUGGAUUCCCAUUCGUCAAAAUUGUUACGUCACAUAAAAUGAUUGGAUUCACUGAAAUGGCUAAAUGCGCUGCAAUGAAAAAGAUUUUUGACGAUGGUGCCAAAUCACCGUUAAGUGUUGUGAUUGUUGAUAAUAUUGAAGGUUUAAUUGAAUACAAUCCAGUUGGACCAAGAUUUUCCAAUUUCAUUGUUCAAGCAAUUCGUGAUUUGGUUUCUCAACCAUUGAAAGCGGGUCGUCAUAUGCUAGUAUUGGCUACAACUAGUUGCCGUGAAGCGUUAACAGAUCAAAAUCUUACGCAAGCUUUUUCAUGGCACGUCCAUGUUGCUAUGCUAUCAAGACCUGAGCAUGUAAUUGCUGCGUUAGAAGAGGAUGGACGUUUUACAUCGAAAGAACAACAGAUUAUUGAAAAAUCUUUAUCGGGUCGUCGUUUAUGUAUUGGAAUCAAGCAUUUGCUUGAUUUGAUUGAUCUCGUUUCGAAGAAUGAUCCAGAUCAUCGUGUUGCUGCAUUUCUUGCUAAAUUAGAAGAAGUUGGCAUUGUUGAUGUAUAAGAACGAAUGAAUAAUAUUUAUUACAGUUUGUUACUAUCUCUCUAUGUUUACAGAUAUUUAUGAUCAAAAUGGUUGUGUUAUGCCAAAACAAAAAGAGUCCUAAUUCCACGAUAUAUAUGUAUAUUCUAUUGAUGAAUUUGUUUAGUUAUUUUAAUCUAUAUAAUCAUUCCGUGAAUAUUUAUAUUUUCCUCAAACUAUGGUUGUUAUAUAAUCACUUAAUUCUUUCAAUUCCUUUUUUUCUUGUCUUUUUUUUCUUCGGAUAAAUUCAUUGUCAUUAUUUCACAGUUCAUAUUAUACACGAAAUUUACUUCGUUACUCUUAUUCUCUUAGAGCCAUUGUGUAACCAUCAUUCGUAAUACCAUUGUCUCCUACUAUGCAUAUUACAAUAAACGUUUAUUUACUUCCCAUUCAUUUCCUUCAACAUAAGCAAAAUCACAAUGAGCCAAUGCAGGACAAACAUAUCGUGAUAUAAUAAAAACUUAUUUAUUUAUUCAUUCUCAUUUAAAUUUGUAUCUUCAUAGUAUGGAAAUAUAUCUGUUGAAGAGAUAAUUUAUUUUUUAUAGGAAAAAGGAACUAGACAUUUUCAUUAGCAUAGCAUACUUGUAGAAUGUUGAGGGAAAUGAUACUGACCUUUUAUAAAUAUGUUUAUUAUUAAAAGGGCAGUGAUGUACGUGUAUUUUUGAGGACGUCAAGUUUCGGUUGUUGGCUCCACAACAACCUGGUACAUCACUUUUCUCAAAGCUCCAACUGAUUCCUUUAAUGAAAUUGUUCUUAGGAGUUUUUUUCAGUUCUUUAUACUGCUCAUAAUAGUAGAUGCGUUGUCAUAGCCUGAGCGCUAGAUUUCGACUUAAGAGAUCCAUCUUAGCUUCUAUAUAACCACAAUUUUGUGAAGGUUUUUAAAUUACUUAAUAGUAGUAUAAUUUGUUUACUACAAUUUGGUUUGGUCUUACUAUUAUAAAGUAUAGCUUUCAAUAGCAAUUAUGGAUGAAUAAAAAAUACAGCUGAAGAUUGAAGUUCGCCACAAAAUAUCUGUUUGCCCCAGUUAGUUGUUGACCUGGUAGCUUGAGGAAUUCCUAAUCUAUCUUUUUUUUUCUGUCAAUUGCCGCGUGACGAAAUGGUCAAGAGAAUACGACUUAAAUGAAUUUACACUUAAGCUAAACAAAUGGUACAUUAACCAGUACUAGUAGCUUUUUGUCAGCUCAGAGACUAUAUUGGUCCCCAAAUUAGUAACUUUCCGUCUAGCCUUACUCGUUGAGUGCAGAACACAAUCUUAGUCUCUGCUGUAUGAAUUAUAUAUUUCACAUAUACGUAGUUUAUGCAAAAGCAGACCAGGCCGCAUCAUACCAUAAAAUGGAAAAUAACAAUUAUACAAAAUCAGGCCAGAAGUGGCUGUGAAUUUAAGAGUCUGUAAGCAAUAGAUUGGGAAUAAAUCAAGAAUAGUAAAUCAUGUGAUCAUAACCAAUCGGUCAGUUAUAUAGAAUAUAUAUAUGACAAGUCUAUAAAUAGCUCCAGGAGGUUACUCAUAAACUAAUCUUCGGAUACAGAAGUUCGACUCCUUAAUUUUGAUAUGAUCAUCGUCAAGUAUGUGGUUACCACUAUUGCAGUAAUGGAUAAGUAAAUCAAGAUUAGUUUGAAUCAUGACUUAAUGAAUGAGAUAUUUACCAGCGGUGUCGGUUGUUAGACCAUUACGAAUAUGUUCACAAAGCUAACACAUGGUACUACAUGCUCUUUACGUACGAUAAUAGUUUUAGCAUUAUAGAAAAGCACUACAUUUGAAUAAAUUUCGCACCUAAUAAAUAGUUCUGAAUUAUGAGUACUGUUCCAUAUUAUAUUCUAUGUUGUACUU